AUGGCUACGGAUCUUAGCCUCAACACUGCGGGACAGCAAGAGCGCGGCCCUCACGCGGGAAGGUGGACAUGGAACCCGCGGGCGCCCUGUCUGGAAGCAGAUGACACGUGGGAGGCUCGCGCCUUCGCCGAGGACUCCAGCAACCUAACAUGGCCGCCCCGCUCCUACCCUUGCACCUUCUGCAGGAGACAAUUCCGGUCGGCCCAGGCCCUCGGCGGCCACAUGAACGUCCACCGUCGAGACCGCGCCCGCCUGCGCCAGCUCUCCCCAGACGCCUCUCCUAUCCCUUCCGCGGAAGGCCCCCUUCUUCGCUUUUUGUCGCUCCCGGCGAGCUCGCAGCGCACCCUGAACCUGGAAGGCCUAGCCUCUGCAUGA